GUUAGCUCCGCCGGCGGCGCACGUGACCGGAAGCGGCUCCCGGCGGCGGCGGGAUGGCGGCGGAGGGAGACGUGGAGCUGGAGCUGGAGACGGAGCCGAACGGCUCCGGCGGCGGCAGCGAUGGGGCGGGCGGGCGUGCGGCCGAGAAGCCGCGGAAGCACGACAGCGGCGCGGCGGACUUGGAGCGCGUCACGGACUACGCGGAGGAGAAGGAAAUCCAGAGCUCCAACCUGGAGACGGCCAUGUCGGUGAUCGGAGACCGGAGAUCCCGGGAGCAGAAAGCAAAGCAGGAGAGGGAGAAAGAACUGGCAAAAGUGACCAUCAAGAAGGAGGACCUGGAGCUGAUUAUGACGGAGAUGGAGAUCUCCCGGGCCGCAGCGGAGCGCAGCCUGCGCGAGCACAUGGGCAACGUGGUAGAGGCCCUGAUCACCCUCACCAACUGAGCCGGGCCACGGGCAUGACUCUCACUGCACCAAUAAAGGCACUGGUGAGA